GUGUUUUCCCCCUUCUGUUUACAUAUUGAUUUUGCAAAAGCCAAGAAAAGGAAGAAAGAAAAAAAACUCGGAACGUUUUAUGACCUUUUUUUGAAGUCGCGGCGGGGAGUCGCCUGGCGAUGACGUAAACACGUAACACUGACAGCGGAGACGCCUGAUCAUUUAAAAAAAACUGCCAUUAAAAUGAGUCUCAAAUUAUCGCUGCGUUUGAUUAACAGAUGGCGUGCUUUGGAUGGGGUUUGUACGCUCGUUCGCAUAUGAACAGAAAUCAAGCCGUGUUACGGGAUUAAAUUUGGUGUCGCUCUGCAUCCAGCGUUUUAGACUGCGACCGUAAAAAAAAAAAAAAAAAAAAAAAAAAGCGCUGACCCCGCCGCCGAGGAGCAGCUAGUUAGCUUAGCUUAGCUUCGCUUCAUUACUGCAGUCUGAAUCAGUCAAGCGAAGCGAGCUAGCUUUUAGCAUUCUCCAAAAAAAACAAAACAGAACAAAAAAAAAACCCCUUGUGUUUGUGCUGAGCACCGAGAGGUCUCCCUGCAGAUGUCAUAUUGGAGUGGGGUAAACUUUUAGCAUGUGAAUACGGUUUCUUGCCGCUUCAGACAGUCUUUGCCAUCUCAAAGCCUAUCUGGUGCUACAGACACGAUGUCGAGCCGAAGGAAGUCCACCACCCCCUGCAUGGUGCUUCCAUCAGAUGUGGUGGAGCAGGAUAUGGAUAUGGAGACCCUUGCAGGGGAAGAAGGAGUUGAAAACACUGCCGAAGGCCCUACAGAGGGCCUAGUGGUUCCAUUGGACAGUGAAGGAGAGCAUGAAGACAGUUUAAGCCAUGCUGCAGGAAAACGCUCAAGUCAAACUGCCGUAGAGCAGUCAGUCACAGAUCUGACUGCUGAAGGAAAUGUUGUUCAGGCUGAGACAGAGGACGGCGAAGACCCAUCCAUCACUGGGAUUUCUCUCAGCAAAACUCCCAUCAUGAAAAAGAAGCCUGAACCCAAAAGAAUAGCUGUGUCUCUCAAAGGGGCUGAAGAUUGCGAUUCGUUAAUUGAAAGUGAAGGGGAUCCGGAAUCAAUGGAAGCAUCCUCCAUUACAGCAGAUAUGACGAACCCAAUUCUUGGCGAUUCCACGAAACCUGGCGUGUUUGUAGGCAUUCCCAAUCCAUCUCCUGCAGAGCAAAAGAAGCCAGUUGUGAACCCUGCUACAGUCCUUCCUGCUGGCCUUGCCCAGGUCCUGUCAGCCUUGCAGGCCCAGCAGACUGCUCAGGCUCAGCUCCUGAUUCCGGUGAGCAGCAUUCCGACCUACAAUGCAGCCAUGGAUACGAACGCACUGCUGGUGAACACAUACAAGAAGUUCCCUUACCCGUCUGUGUCUGAGAUUAUGGGCCUGGCAACCCAGACCAAGUUCUCAGAGGAGCAGAUAAAGAUCUGGUUCUCUGCUCAGCGUUUGAAGCAUGGUGUGAGCUGGACGCCAGAAGAAGUUGAAGAGGCUCGAAGGAAGCAAUUUAACGGCACGGUCCACACGGUGCCUCAGACCAUUACGGUCAUUCCAGCUCACCAUCUCUCUGCCACCAAUGGUCUCCAGUCGAUCCUUCAGACUUGCCAAAUCGUGGGGCAGCCAGGCCUGGUUCUAACGCAGGUUGGCACCGCAAACAGCUUGCCAGGCACCACACCUAUCACACUGACUGUUGCAGGAAUGCCAAGUCAGAGCCAGGCAACUAAGAUCACGACUAGUCAGACCAGUUCUGUUAGCGAAACAAAAAGAGCUACAACGGUCCAGCCACCAUCGCUGACUCCUCAGGAGAGCUCUGCCCUCAAUGCCGAUCACUUUGGCCUACGCCCAAAGAAAUCGAAGGAGCAGCUGGCUGAGCUGAAAUCCAGCUACAUGAAAAACCACUUUGCCAGUGAUGCUGAAAUCGCCAGGCUGAUGAAGCUGACCAACCUCACCAAAGGCGAGAUCAAGAAGUGGUUCAGCGAUACGCGCUACAAUCAACGCAAUUCCAAAAACAACCACUUCAGCAUACCCCAUGACGGCUCCCGGACCAACAACAGUAGUGCCACCAUCGUCAUCGACUCUAGUGACGAGACCCCUCAAUCCCCAACGCCAUCGCCUGUCAAAGAGAAGGAGACCCGCAAGACCUGGAACCCGUUUCCAGACUUCACUCUGCAGAAGUUUAAGGAGAAGACUCCAGAGCAGUUGGUGAUUCUAGAGGAGAGCUAUCAAAAAUGUGACAUCCCCACGGAUGAAGAAUUGAGUCGCCUGAGGGCCGAAACAAAGCUCACCAGGCGGGAGAUUGAUGCUUGGUUCACAGAGAAGAGGAAAACCCCUGUCACAGAGUCAUCCGAUCAAAAGAUGGAUGAGAUGGAUGGUAAACCCUCCCAGAGUAAAGGUAACCAGAGUCCAACUGGAGGAAAAAAGUUGUCCAAGGAAAAGAUCACGAAGAAAACUCCAGAACAGCUUCAUGUCCUCAAGAGUGCAUUUGUGCGCACUCAGUGGCCGUCUUCCGAGGAAUACGACCAGCUAGCUGAUGAAAGUGGGUUACCCCGGUCUUACAUUGUCAACUGGUUUGGGGAUACCAGAUAUGCCUGGAAGAACGGCAAUCUUAAGUGGUACUUCUAUUACCAGAGUGGCAACUUAGAGGGUCUGAAUGGCAACAAGGGCAGGAAACGGAGGAUUCGGAACCGUGGCUGGGGGAGGUCCCGCAGCAGGAGAGCCAGAAAAUCUACAGGUUCAGAGAAGUCCCCACCAAUGAAGUUCAAACCUGGGAAGGAAUUUCUUAAAGAAUACUAUUUGAAGCACAAGUUUUUGAACGAGCAAGAUCUGGACGAGCUGGUAGCCAAGUCGAACAUGAGUUAUGAGCAGGUCAGAGAGUGGUUUGCGGAAGUCGGCAGGAAGGUGGAUAUGGGCGCAGAUCCUUUUGAAGAUAAUACGGGUAACGAGCAAGAAGAGGAGGAGUCCGAGGGGGAGAAUGAGAUGGCGGUCGAAGAGCAAGGUCCCUCAGCUGCUGGUGGUGAUGAUUGCGACGAUGAUGACGAGGAUGAUGAGGAUACCGAUGAUAGUGAUUCCUGGGAGCCCCCGCAAAGCGUUAGAAAAACCUUGCCAGGGUCUGAGGAACACUGAUUUAUCAGCUCGUUUGCUUUCGGAAAUUAAUCAAGGUUUGUGAAAAAGAGAGGGAAUGAGGAUCCAGUCACAACUUAUUGACUAAUCCUGCUUGCGCCGCUUUUACGUUUCUCAAUUUCUUAUUCAAGCUUACUGUUAGUGUUUGUUUUAUGAAAUUUGCAGACACGAAUCGAAAAGACCGGCUCUGUCGAAUUUAAGAUCUCUUUCACAAACUCAAGAUAUCUCUCAGCUCUGUUCAUCAUUGUGUGAACAGUAUUGCACACAAAAUGAAGAAUCCUGACCCAGCUAGUCUGUACCUUCAAAACGUGCAAUUUUAAUAUAAUUUUUUUUUUUUUUUAAAGAAGACCUUUUAUUUCAGACCUUUUAUUUUAUUUUUUAAAGAAAAAAAAAAAACGAUUCUCCAUUUGCCACAAGGAGGAUCCAUGGUGCCAAAGUUACUUUUGCUGAAUGUUACGGUUCCCUGUUUUGUGAAAAGAAAUAGUUAAUCAAGAAAAUAUGAGUGUAUGUAUCUAGAUUGAGUGAGAGAGAGACAUGCACAAAAAAAAAAAAAUUUGGGCACUUUUUUUGUUGGUGUUUAAAAAAACGCUGCCUCUUACGCCAUCUAAUGGCAUCAAGUAUGAAAACGUGUCUUGUAUGAAAUGUGUUGGAAUUUAUUCUACAAUAGUAGUAGACGAAUCCUAUUCAACUUCACUUAUUGAUCUACUGAGUGUAAUUUGAAAACGAAUACAGCACAACCAGUGAAGAUCUGUAGCUCUGAUUUCCAGGAGGUGCUCCGGCAUCAUGUGGGUCGACUUUCACAGGAUUUUGAGUUUCUUCUUGGGACUCUGAGAUGACGGAGAAUGGCUGCAGAAGACUGUUAGCGGACUAUUAUCAGUGCCUGUACAAAGGAGUGGGACUGUGUUUGUUUUUUCUUCUUGCACCGUUUCAACCGGACUCCUAAAGCCCUUUAUUUUAUGGUUUGCCUAUUCUUAACAAAUGGUCAUUUGUAUUUCCCACGUGUACCUGAAGCUUAACCCUUAUGUUCUGUUUGACCUAUUUAAAAUUUCUAAGUUGAACUGAUCUCUCUCUUGCCUCAGUUUCUCUGAUGAACAAUCAUUUUGAAAAAAAAUAUUUAUAUUACACAGAUUCUGUUCAGGUCUAUGUAGCCUGGGAAGAACUAACUGGUGUUAAAGUAUUAAAAGUGUCAUAUUUUUAUAAAUAUCAAAAAAUCAAAUAUGAUUUUAGUCCCUGUGGUGGCUCCUUCAUCUCUUACCUGGACACAUGGAGGGGUUUUAAGUGUCUAUGUGCAUAAAUUUUGAGUAUAUUUCUAAGUAUUUAGUAUGAUUAUAUCCCUUUGCAAAAAUGUAUUGUUUUGCUAUAUCAAAUUAAAAUUCCUUGCUACCGUGAACAGAACAUGAGGGUUAAUGGGGAAAGGGGGCUUUGCUUCACAUUUGAAACCUUAAGACAUCUGAUCAAUAGAUAAUGGCCCCAGUUUUUAAUAAUAACUAAUAUUUUUGGUCAGUUUGAUUUUCUGUGAAAAGGACAUUAAUGAUUUCUAUACCUUGGAUUUUUUUAAAACUGUCCCCUCAUAUAAUAUUGCAUGCUGCAGCUGUUGAGAGGAUGAGGGGGGAAAAAAAAAGAUUGCUCAUUUUGUACAUACAUUUUCUGGUUGCAUUUUAUAAGUCAUUUUAAGCAAUUUUAUAAGUUUGUAUUUAUGAUGAUGAUGACAAAUCCCUCCUUGGCCCAAGUGGAGUGCUCGUCUGGUGACCCUUUUUGUGUGCUCUGAAUUGUUAGUGUGAUUUUUAGAAGAGUUUUGCCUAAAACUCCACUUGAAUUGUUCUCUCGUUGGUGAACAUUAUUGCCUGGUGUCCUCCAUGUGAUUCUGCACUUGUAGUGUAUUGUAGACAAGAGAUACACGAUUAUAAGUAUUGUAUAAAGAAGAAAAAAAAUCACACACCUUCCUGCAACAUAUCCAUAAAAACAAAACGAAAAAAAAAGAUGUAAGCAAAAUCUUUCACCUAGAUUUUAAACGGAUGCAUAUGCUUUUCUUUGUUUUGUUAUUCUUGAAUGUGUUCUAUGAAGUGUAGCAGUACAUCUGCUGCCUUCUUACAUCUGUCACUAGUCACGUCAACAGCAGUACAUUUACACACGAUCAACUAGAAUCACUGUAAGGCUCAGUAAAGCUCAUUUAGAUCCACGAAUAUGAUCGGGCACCAUCACGGAGGUAACUUGUGAAAUCAUACCGAGCCUUAAAAUUGAAUCGGUGGCAGAAGCUUUAUUUUCCAGAGCCAUACGCCUUGUGCAAUGCUUUUAAUUUAAAACUGUUUUAAUAGGCUGUGGCUUGAUUUAGACAGAAGAUAUAUUUUCUACUUGUUUGAGGACAACAAUAAAUUUAGAUG